AUGUUCGAUAAUUUAUCAAUUUGGAAAUGGCAUAUGGACUUGGUAGGACAAAAACAUGCGGAAUAUUUGUAUAGAACUAUUAUUACUAUGUGUGGGAUUGUUGGUUUUAUUUUGGGAUAUUUUAAAGAGCAAUUUUCAAUCACAAUUGGUCUAACAUUAAUUGGAAGUUUUGUUUCUGCUUUACUGACAAUUCCACCUUGGCCUAUUUAUGCUCGUAAUCCACUCAAAUGGCAAAAAGUAAAGAAAGAGAAAGUUAAGAAUAACUUAACCUACGAUGAGUAUAAAGAAGAUAAAAAGAAAGAAAAAAAGAAGACAAAGUGA